UCCUAUGCUUUUCCCUUUAAUUCUUGCCAAAAUUGUAUAUAUGGAAGAAAUGGUUUCAGCUUCAAGAGACUGAAUAAUUUUAGAUUAGAAGGAGAAUAGAAUACCUGUGUUAGGAAUUUGAUCAGAAGAGGAGCAAACAUAUAAAAUAGAAGGACAAGAAUAAAGAGAAAGAGCCAAUCCAUCUGGGUUCACACAUUUCUAAAUCAAACUAAAUGCAAUAUUUUUUUGUUUUCUUUUUUAAUGAAGGAAUUAAAUAAACAUUGGACUUGAUGCAUGAGGUGGGUUUGUUUAUUUCUUUGAAGUCAAACUAGAAAAAGAACAAGAGCUUUUUGUAUUUGGUGAAUGGUGAAAUCAUAGCCAAAGUCCAUCUGCUGCUUCUCUCUCUUUCUUUCUUCUUCUUUUUUUUUUUUUUUUCUUCUUUUAAAUUUCCCUGAAUUGAUUUACUAUUAAUAUCGUCCAGAUUCACAUUAAAUAUUUUUAGCUAAUGAGAUCUAAUUUCAUUUAUUUUUGCACUGAUAUGGUGUAGAUUUAUUGCUUUACUUUUCAAACUUGAAACACCUCACUCACUUCUUCUGGGCACACUUACUGGGCUCUUGCCAAUUAUAUCUUGCUUUCAAUUUCCACAUUCAAUUCUCUCUUUCUCUCUCUCUCCAUUUUGACCUUCAGGUUUUGCCCUGGUUGUAGGAGAAAAGAAAAAAAAGGAAAGAAAGAAACUUGAGUUAAAUCUCUAGUCUCAAUCCAUGUUCUGUUCAUAUUUCAAACUUACACACGAGUCUUGAACCUUGAAAUAAAAUGACUUCUUGAAUUUCUUGAUUUGGAGCUUGUAUUUGUCUUCAGUAAGCGGAUGAAAUUCUUGAUAAUACACAGUUCAAGCCUAAAGCUGCAAUCUUUGGUGAGUUUUCUCAUAAAUCUUUAAUCUUUUUUUGGCAAAAAUAUGGACUGGGUUUUCCUUCAAAGUAAAGAAAACACUUACUUGUCUCCUUCCCAGCAGCCAUAUUUUCUUUCUCAGCCACCUCCACAACAGCAAAACAACAACCUUGAUGGUUCUUCUUCUGAUGGUUUUAACUUGAACAGUAAAAUUAGUCCUAGCGUUUUGCUUAUCAUUAUAAUUCUUGCUAUUAUCUUCUUUGUUUCUGGCUUGCUUCAUCUCCUUGUUAGAUUUCUUUUAAGACCACCUAAUAGAGACCCUGAUGAUUUAGAUAAUGUGACUGCUCUUCAAGGUCAAUUGCAGCAGCUGUUUCACCUUCAUGAUGCUGGUGUUGACCAGUCAUUUAUUGAUACACUUCCUGUUUUUCACUAUAAAGCUAUUAUUGGAUUGAAGAACCCUUUUGAUUGUGCUGUUUGUUUGUGUGAAUUUGAGCCUGAAGAUAAGCUGAGACUGUUACCUAAAUGUAGCCAUGCUUUCCAUAUGGAGUGUAUAGACACAUGGCUAUUGUCUCACUCCACUUGUCCUCUUUGUAGAGGUAGUUUGCUUCCUGAGUUUUCAUCAAACAGCAGUUGCUCUCCUGUUGUUCUUGUUCUUGAAUCUGGUAGUGAAAGCUCAAGAGAGAUUAUUACUGAUAGGGACAACAUUGGUAGAACUAGUUCAGUUUUAACAACAAAUUCCUAUCUGGGUUUUCAUGGAGAUAACGAAUUGGGAUCAUCAAGAAUUGAAAUUUCACUCAAGUCAGGUGAAAUUUUAGGAAAAAAUGAGUCUUUUAGCCCAAGAGUAGCUGUCGAUUCAGGGGCGAAAGUUGUUCCUGUUAAGCUAGGGAAAUUUAGGAAUGUUGAUAUUGGGGAAGGGAGUAGUAAUAGUAAUGUGGAUGAAAGAAGAUGCUUCUCAAUGGGUUCAUUUGAGUAUGUAAUGGAUGACAAUACUUCAUUACAAGUUGCUAUAAGAACUCCAAUGAAGAAACAGUCGAGCAAGAAGCCCUCUAUACCAUUAACUCCUGGCCAUAGGCCAGCAAUGUCCGAAUGCGAUUGCGAAUCAAGAAGAGAAUUCAAUGGCUUAUUUGAAGGUAUCAGAAGUAUGGAAGCUAAUGGGAAUGUUAGUGGUGUUGUUACCAAAAGCAUUGGCAAUUCCAUUGGCAGAAGCAAAAGAGAGAGCUUUUCAAUAUCAAAGAUUUGGCUUAGGGGGGAAAAGGAGAAGCAGAAACCACCCGGGGAUUCUUCAAGAAGGGCAUUUUCGUUUCGGUUUCCAGUGAACAAAAAUGUUGUUCCUGGUGAUGAGGAUGAUAAUUUGAAGGUGAAGAAUGGGAAUGGGAGUGGUGCAAGGAGGACUAAUUCUGAGAUUGGAAUUGGCAGAUGGGAAAAUAGAUUCAGCUUUGAUGAGGAAAAUCAAAUUUGUAAUGCAAAAACUCCAUCUUUUGCAAGGAGGACUCUGCUGUGGCUUGUGGGAAGACAAAACAAGGUUGUUCAUUCAUCCUUUACACCUAAUGUCUAGUUUCUUUUUUCCAAUUUCUUGGAUUCUUUUUUCUGGGAAAAUUGUCUCUUUUCCAUCAUUAUUAAUCUAAGGCAGAAUUGGGUUCUCCUGUAGUUAAAAAAGAAAAAGGAAAAGAAGUAAGAAACAGAUCUAAAAGCAUAGAAAUGAUGCAUUUUCUUGCACUUUUCACAUCUCAACCUUGUAGCUGUGAAGGCACAGAUUUUUUUCCCCCUCUUAAAAUUUUUGAUCUUUUUGCCUUCUAUGAUUGUCCACUUCUUUCUGUC